CCUCGAGGAGGGCGACCUCGCGGCAGAGCCCUAGGGGCCAUGGCCGAGACGCAGGAGCUGCUGCUGCAGCUGCAGAAGGACAACCGCGACGGUCGCCUGCGGAAGCAGGAGCUGGAGGAGCUGGUGCGGGGGCUCGAGGCGGAGAGCGAAAGCCUCACCGGGCGCCUGCAGGACCUGCGCGAGCGCGAGCGCAGCCUGCAGCGGAGGCGGAGCCAGGCAGUGCGGACGCUUGGAGGGGAUGCUUGCAAAGCUGCGCGGGAGCGCGCGGACCGGGCACGCGGAUUGCUCGAGGCGGCAGAGCGGCACAGGCGGGACCUGGAGCAGCACAACCGGCAGCUGCAGGAGCGGUGGGAGGAGCUGUCGAGUCAGCUCUUCUACUACGGAGGGGAACAGCCGAGGGAGAAGCUCGCAGAGCAGCAACUCGGGACCCAACUGUUGGCGCUACAGAAACAACUAGAGCUAGAGGAGGCCAAGUACGCAACCCAGACCGAAAGCCUGCGGCAGGGCAAGCAGCGGACAGAGGAGGCCUGGACCAGCUUCCAGGAGCAGAACGGAGUCCUGCAGGAGCUGCAGGGGAAAGUGAUGGAGGCGGCAGCUGCGCUGGACUCCUCGCGAGGCAGCCUGGAACCGUGUGACUCUCGGCCUCGCUGGGUGCAGGACUGCGCGGACUCCCUCAUGGAGGAGGUGGCCAGGGCGGACUGUGAGAAGCGGCUUUUCGGUGGUGCAGGCGCGGGGGCCCUCAGGCUGUGGGCGCUGGGCGCGCUGCAGACUCUGCUGCUGCUCCCGCUCGUCUUCCUGGGGCUGGUGCUCCUCUACGUGACGCUGAAACACCACGACGCCGUCCGCGGGGGACUCGGGUAUCUGGGCUCGGACGCGGCCCUCCGCCGUCUGCGCUACACGCUGUCCCCCCUGCUAGAGCUGCGCGCGCACGGGUUGUUGCCCGCUUGA